UAUAAAGUCGUCUAAAAAGUGCAUUUAACUGUACAUCCGAUAAUAUAAUUGAAUUACUGUCAUUUGACAUGAUUUAUGAUAAAAUGAGGAAUUCAGCAGGUGAUUAGUGAGGAUAAGAAUAGGAAGGCAGUGGAAAUUAAGGAAUAAAACAGCUUUAAGUUCCAUAAAAUCAUAAAAAAUUCCAAAACUAGUUUGCGACGUAAUAAGUUAAAUAAAUUAAGAAAAAAUUAUGUUUAUUUAUGAUCCGUUGUGUUGAUUAAGUUUAAAUAAAUUCGACGAGUUAAUCAAAAAAAAACAACAUUAGUGACUCCGGAUAAAAUAAUAAAAAAAAAACGUCAAAAAAGAAUAUCGAGCUGAAUUUAAUGGAAUUAAGUGGAUAUUUCAUCAUAUUAAUAACUUUAAAAUAUUGAAAAUGAGUGUUGAAAAGUGAAUAAGCUGAAAAAAGCAUAAAGGAACCGUUUACAAGAUGAUUUAAGAAGGAUUUUAGUGAAUUAAAAAUAUAUUGACUCAUAAAAAGUUCUUUUUAUUGAAUUUUCUUUUUAAAAAAGAAGAAAUAAUUUUUAAUACAUAAAAAGGUGAUAAGAUCAGACAUCCAUAGCAAUGGAUCAAACAAAAAUCAUUAUUGAAUCGUUAUUAACUGGAUCCCAGUUUGAAAUAUCAAUUAGCGAGCAUGAUAAGAUAUCUAUAGUGAAAUCAAAUAUUCAAAAGAUUUUAGGCAUUCCAUCUAAUCAGCUACAUUUGCUGCAUAAUCAAACGGAAUUAAAUGAUUCAAUGCUGUUAAAAGACAUUCCAAAUUUUCAUGAAGGAAACAAAUUGAAGUUGAAACUCGUUCUUGGCAUGAAAGUUGGUCCAAUAUCGUCAGCACGUCGUGUUCCUUUAACUGAUUAUGAUAGUUGGUUUGAUGAUGUCAUGCAUCAAAAUUCAAAACGUGAAGAACCAUUAACAAUAAAAACAAAAUAUUUAGUUUAUAAAGGCUGUAAGAAGAAUGUUCAUCGAUUAUGGAAGAUGAAUGGAAGCGAUAGCAAGGGAAAAUCAACAUCGGGUCAUAAUAAUAAGUAUGGAAAGUCAACAAAUAGUCUUUUUGGCGGUGGUCUGAGUGGACGUGAUGAUGAAAAGAUUAAGAAAAUGACUGAUCAAACGAUUCAGGAGAACAUUCGAACAACAGAGAAAGUCAAUCAGUUAAGGCUUAAAAUGGAACUGGUCAAUGCAAGAAAGAAAUUGAAAUCAAUUAAAUUUCCACUGAAAUCUAAAAAUAGUUGUGGCAACAACAGUAAAAUGAUGGAUAUAUCGAUGGAUAAGUUAUCGAAACAGAUAACGGAUAAUAUUACAAAAGAGCUUAAUGAAACUUUGUGCAUUGAAAAGCCUGCAUUGAAUAUUUCGUCAUCCACAUCUGCAACGAUACUUUCAUCGAGAGCCAGAGACAAUUAUGCUGAUAAAGUCAUACAGAAGCAGUCAUCGAGGAAUUUGUCAGCCGAGUCAAAGAUGAAGAUAAAAGAGAAUUUAUCAAGAAAUCGCUCAUUCAAGACGAUCCUCAAUCAACCGACAAUUUCAGCCUCAACCUCAUCAAUGUCAUUAUUUAAUAAUGAUAUAAAUCCUCUAGAAUUUUGCUUUUCAUCGACGACUGGAACCAAUGGAAGUGAUAUGUUUACACCAACAACAAAUGGAAAUAAGUUGGGGCGUUCUUUAUCCUUUCAAUCAAACUACAUUCUUAAUCGAACUGACAGUAAUUUAUGUGUAAAUACGUCAAGUUUGGCAACAAUGGAAGCAGCUACAAUAUCAAGUUCCUCGCCAAUUAUUCAGGAAUAUGUAGAGCAUAUUUGUGAACCGUCAUCGUCGUCAUCAUCGACAGCCGUGGGAACAAAGAUUAAAGAUUCACUCCCAAAAACAAAUUAUUCAACGUCAAUGCAAGAUUUAUUACUGCAAGAAUUUCUUACCAAAUCAACGCCAAAUUCAGCAUGUUCGCAUUUUCAAUUGGCUACGUCAAAAUCAAGUCGGGAAUAUUCAAGUGCAAAUAAUUCAGGUAGUGCCUUAAAGCUCGCUGCAGAUGAGAAAAUAGACAUGUUUAAGGGAACAGCCAUAACAAAAGUAAGUCCGGGUGAUGAAUACUUUAUACUUCCCAAACUUCUCAUACGUGAAGAUUCACCGCCAAUUCUCGAAUCGCUUGCUGUUAAAGACUCAAAAGCUGAGGAUUUGUUGGAUGUUGCGAGUGGGAAGCAACCAUCUGCCGAAUCUCUCAUUGAAUUCUAUGAAAACCUCACAUCCUCAUCUACUUCUUCCUUAACGUCCAAAAUUAAUGAUGACUAUGAAUGCUUUCAUCAGCCACAGUCAUCAAAUCGAUUUUAUCAUUCGGAUCUGGAUUUAAAUCAACUUAAUGAUCGAUUUAAAAAUAAUUUAUCAAUAAGUAAUCAAAAUAUUAAUACGAGUGAGGGAAAUUUAGGCUCAGACAGUGACUGGCCACGAUCUAAUCUACUUCUACUCUCAAUUAAUCAAACAAUGAAAGAUGAGCCACAAAGUGACUAUAAUCUUAUAGAUGUUAAUUAUGACAAGUUUCUAAAUGAUUUAUUAAAUAAUGACUCUGGUGUAUCGGCUGUGCUUGGACCUGAUCAUGUGGAUUGUGAUUCGGAUUCUGUGAAUAAUAAGAAAGAAAUGUGUGAAAGUAAUGAAAUUGUGGAAAAUAUUAAGAAGAAUGCAUUUAGUGAUGGUAGUAAGUUAGUGUCAAAGGAUAAUAGUGAAAUGAUUGAUUUGUUUGGUGGUGAUCUUGACAAUGUUCUGACUAAAAAGAUGACAUCGAGGAGGAUAACGCCAUUAAAGAAACCGAUUGACAAAUUAAAAAGCUUUAGUAGUAAUCCGCAACUAGGAAAUCAUAAUACAUUAAGUACACACGAAAGUAGUAAUUUAGCAACGACUACUUCCACUACGACUGUUCAUAUACCACAAUUAUCUCGACUUGACGCUAUUCCUACUAAAUAUAGGCGAGGAUAUAUAAAUUUGAAUGAUGCAUGCUUAUCAAAUUCUGAUCUCUCCACGUCAACGUCUUCAACGACAAAAUUACCAAAGACAUGUGAUCGUAAAUCGUCCCUUACAACAAAGGAUUUGAGUAGUUUUCAUCACGGAGCGAGCAUAUUUCAUUGCCGAUCAAAUCAGAAUGAACGAAUCCCGCAACCACCAACAUUUGAUUAUUUCGAUGGAUGUGCGACAGAAAGUAAUUCAAGCGGUCGACAAAGUCGAUUUGAAUAUUGUAAUAGUUAUUAUUCAAAUUUAAAUCAAUUUGCAGCGUCGUCGAACCGAAAAUCGUCAGAUGUUUCAAAUUUCGAUUUCCAGUCCGAGGAGAAUCUAUUCAAUAUGAAUUUCGACUCAUUUUACGAGGACUUUGUAGAUAGUGCCGAAUUAUCAUGGAGCUCAUCGUCUAGUUCAACAUCAUUUGACACAAGUAGUAUAUCGAGUAUGUACGACAAGAAGUAUGUCAUAUUGCCCGAAAUCAAAUUAGACAAUAAUGACCUUAAGGCAGAUGAUAAAGCAUUAAUGGUAGCCAAAGAGAAAGUCGAAACAGCAAGUAAUGACGAUAAUAGUCUUCAUCAUCAUCCACCAACACAGCAUUAUCAUCAUCACCUACAGCAGCAGCAGCAGCCACAGCAGCAGAGUAAUAAAGAAUCCACAGGAAAGCUUCGAUGUUUUCAUUGCAAUAAGAAAUUAGGAAUUAUUAUGGUCAUGAAAUGUCACUGUAAUCAAUAUUUUUGUUCAGCUCAUCGAUAUAAAGAAGUCCAUAAUUGCAGCUACGACUAUAAGGAGAAUGGAAGGAAGCAAUUGGAGCGCGAAAAUCCACUUGUCUGUACGCAAAAGCUGCCAAAAAUAUAAACAACAACACACAACACAAUAACACACGAAUUAUUAAACUAUUAUUCAAUAAAUUAAGCUUUUAGAAGUUAAUUUAGUUCCAAAUAUAAGUUCUUUUUUGUUAUUAAUAUUAUUAAUAUAUGUUAUUGCUAUGAAUGCAUUCAUUUGGUGUUUAAAAAAAAAUCCAUAUUCAUGAGGGGUCUGUUUCUGUUCUAUAAAUGUUCCGAAAUUGAGGCUCUUUUUGCGUUUUAUGAAUAAUUAAAUUGAUUGUGAAAUAACGGCUUUUCUGCUUUUGAAACGUAACGGAAUUUUUGAAAUUUAAAAAUAAACUGAUUUGUAGAGUUCAAAAAGUAACGGUUUUGUAAAAUUUGAAUUUUUGAACCUAAUCCAUAGUCAUUAAGAAGUACUAAAUUUGAAACAGAAAAGUCCGUUAAACAGGAAAAUCACAACUGAAUAAGUCUGAGUAUGGCUUCAAAGGAUUUAUAGAACAGGAAUUGACCCCAAUAAGCAUAUCCUUUCAUUUCAUGUUGUUGUUUUUUGUUGGGUUUACAUAGAAAUGAAUUAAUUUAAUAUAUUCACCUCCUACUUUAUGAAUAAUUUAUUAUUAUACUGCUUCAUUUCCUAGAUUAAUUUCAAAUAAUAGAUAUUAUAUUCUUAUGUAUUUAACUUAUUAUUAAUUAACAAGAUAACUGAUGAUAGUCACAACAUAACUGUUGAAAAGUAAAUUUUAAAAAAUGAUAUAUUAAUGAGUCGCUCAUAAAAUGACUUUCUUGAAUGCAAUAAAUAUUGAAAUAUUACACAUAAAUUUAAAAAUCCAAUCUUCAAAGAGAAAUUUAAAAAAAAUUACUUAUUUUUGCUCACAAGUGAUUUUUCAAAAAAGUUUGCUUAAAAAUAUUUAAAAUGUUUUUAAAUGAUUCAUUGCUUAUGAGAGAAUGACGAAAUUCCUAAAAAAAACUAUUAAAAUGCUAUAAAAAAAAUUAAAAAAAUUAUCCUAGAAAAGCAUCCAAAACUCAAUAAAAAAUAAAAAAAAGUAUGAAA